AUGGGAAAGAAGGGAGGUACUUCAUGGUUGACAGCCGUAAAGAAGGCCUUCAGGUCUCCAACUAAGGCCAAUGAGAAAAAUAGUAGCAGGAGGAGAGAAGAACAUGAACAAGAAGAAGGGAAGAAGCGACGAUGGAUGUUUCGAAAGCCUACAAAUAAUACUCAGCAAAGUCAAACAAAGGUGACAACCCAUUCUACACCUGAAGAACCUAUGUUGGUUGCUGAGCAAAGGCAUGCGAUUGCCGUUGCAGCAGCCGCGGCUAUAGUUAUUCAAACAGCUUUCAGAGGUUACCUGGCAAGAAGAGCACUACGUGCACUUAAGGGCCUUGUGAAGCUUCAAGCUUUAGUGAGAGGACAGAAUGUCCGAAAGCAAGCAAAGAUGACACUAAAAUGCAUGCAGGCUCUGCUUCGAGUGCAGGCUCGGGUUCGUGAUCAACGUACAAGUGCGAGGCUUUCACACGAUGCAGGCAGAGAGUCUUUGUUUGCCGAGACAAACGACUUAUGGGAGUCUAGAUAUCUUCAAGACAUCCAUGGGUCGAUGGUAAGUUGUUUUCCAGAGUUUCCAACUUUCCAUAGCACAUACGAAAUCAAGAACGCAAGAGAUGGAAACGAAGUGGAAGAAAGGACAAACCGGCUUGAUCGGUGGAUGGUAACAAAGCAAUGGGAGAGCAACAGCAGAGCUUCAACUGAUAUGAAAUGGGAGAGCAACAGCAGAGCUUCAACUGAUAUGAAACGGGAGAACAAGAGCAGAGCUUCAAUUGAUAGAAGGGACCCUAUAAAACCGUUGAAGUCGACAUAUCUGGCCCUUACUCUUCUAAUUCAACUAACAAUUUUCGAAGAACACAAUAUCAAAGUCACCACCAAGACAACCUACCCCAUAUCAUCAAGUCCUCGAUGUCUCAAAGAAGACAAAAGCUACUCAACGGCAAACAGCCCAAGCUUACGUUCGACACCUCAUUUCAAUGGCAGCGGAUGCCACUAUACCACAUGGGCUAAUGAGGGUGGUGGUACUGCUGCAAUGCCCAACUACAUGGCUGCCACCAAGUCUGCAAAAGCUCGGGUUAGAUCACAAAGUGCACCAAGGCAGAGGCCCUCAACACCAGAGAGGGAACGAGGCGGGUCGGCAAAGAAACGCCUGUCAUAUCCAGUUCCUGAGCAGCCAUACAUUGGAGCCGCCAAUGACUGCAGCAGUUUUAGCCAGAACUUGAGUUGUUCCAGCUUCAAGAGUGUUCAAGCAGGCUAUGGAGGAAUGGAGCAACAGUCGAGAAGGUCAUGUUACACAGACAGCAUUGGCGGAGAAAUUUCUCCAUGUUCAACUUCAACCACUGCUUUAACAAGGUGGUUAAGAUGAGAGAAGGACAAUGCUAGAACCAUGAAUGAUCAAGGAAGCAAUACCCCUAAUUGUUGUAUUUUGCUUGUAUUGGAAAGUAAAAUCUAGAGUUAGUUAAGAUGGGGAUUGUGCAGGAAAGACAACAAAAUGGAUUGUCUGAGUAGUCUCUAUGAAGUUUAGCUUUUUCCACAUCUUAAACGAACAUAUGUUCUCCUUUCCUGAAGCUGUCGUUUCAUUUCAUGUUUGCUCUUCUGUUUUCCAGUGAGUUUUUUUUUUGUUCGCUCUUCUUUACCUUUCCUAAUUCGAU